AAAUUUCUCCUCUUCUCUCUCUCUCCUAAAACAAAAUCCAGUUCCGUUGAAAGCCCCGUUCUGUUCCCAGCAAUGGCGGCGACGAUGAAAACAAUCUCCGCCGCUCUGAAACUCGUCGACGCGAAGAAAGAAAAUCUCCGUAAAGCCUUAGAAGACCUCCAAUCCCACUCCUCUCCUCUCUCCUCCACCUUCACCCUCACCUGGCCCGACCUCGACUCCUACUUCUCUUCCCUCCACUCCUCCCUCCGUCACAAGUUCCAAAUCCUCCAAUCCCAACAACAACAAUCCCAAUUCCCGAACACCCCCAAUCCCAAACCACCCCCAAUUCCAUCACAACUUCAAAACGCUAAUAAUCCACCCAAUUCCCAAAGCCUAGAUGCUAAGGAAGGGUCGGAGGAGGCCGCGGUCUGGGUUCCGGCUCGGGCCGAGUUGGUAUCGUUAUGUGAGAAGAUGGACGGGUUAGGGCUAAGGAAAUACAUACUGGAGAGGCCAAAGGAGAGAAACACAAUAAAGGCUGAAUUGGCGGAUGCGUUGGGGCACGCACCGGACGCGGCGGCGAUGGUUUUGGGAGCGAUGGAAGGGUUCUACGGGGCGAAUUCGGGGAAGGGGAGUAAGGAUAUCGAGUCGACGGCGAUAAGGAGGAGCUGUGUGGUUUUGUUGGAGGGGUUGAGGAGGAGGGUGGGGAGCGAGAUUGGGGGGGAAGUGAGGGAGAAGGCGAGGGGGUUGGCGGGGGAGGGGAAGGGGAAGAUAAGUAGGGGUGGAGGGGGGAAUGGGCUGGAGGGGUUUGGGUUUUUUUGUCUGGUUGCCGCGUAUGGCGUGGCGGAUGGGUUUGAUGUGGGGGAACUGGUUGAUUUGGGUGUAGAAGUGGCGAGGUUUAAGGAGGCUGUGGAGUUGUUUCGCAUUAUUGGUUUCGGUGAUAAGAUAUCUGACAUUAUUCUCAAACUUAUUGGUCAGGGCAAACAACUUGUGGCAGCCAGAUUUAUUUUGGAAUUUGAGCUUUCUGCGAAGUUCCCACCAGUACCACUCUUAGAAGAAUACGUCAAGGAGUCCAAGCGGCUGGCUAAGAAAGUUCUCAAGGGUAAAAAGAACACUCUUAAAUCACAGAAAGAGGCCUUCACAAAGGAAGCCAAUACAUAUAAGUCGGUGAUCAAACUCAUUGAGGACUAUAAGCUUGGAUCUGAGUUUCUGAAUCUGAAGGAGAAACUUAUGAAACGCCUUGAGACAGUAGAGAAGCUGAAGUCGGACAGGAAACCCUACGCAGCAACCCCUGCUUCUCAGACCCAGCAGCAGCCAAAGCCACAGAAACUGAGUGGAAGCAAGCGUCCUCGGAAUACUGCACCAGCUCGUCCAACCGCAAUUUCAAUGAGUGUUGCUGCUACAAGUUCCACCGUUCCUGUAUUUCAGCAGUCUCAUCCACAGGCGGCAGGUUUGUUGCCACAUCUUCCUCCUUACUCAGGCUCACCAGCUGGCCCAUAUGGCUUGGCAGGUUCUACUCCUGCCGUUGCCUCCUAUGCAGGCUCAUCUGCUGCUGGCUUGUACGGGUCAACAGGAGCCCCUUUUGGUGACCCUGGGAACUUUAUGCCUUCACAGACCCAUGUGAUGCCUUCGCAGACCCAAGUGAUGCCUUCACAGACCCAGGCAUACUCUUCUGAAGCACACAUGGCAACUGGUUAUUAUGAUAGGCCAGUUGCCUAUGGCGGUUAUGCUUUUCCACCACAAUAUCAUCAGCCUUACUAUCCCCAGUAAGCCCUUGUACCAUUCUUACUUUAGGGUAGUAUUGGAUGGUAUCCUAUAAUUUGCCUGACUUGGCAGCACUAGUCAUCAGAAAGCAUUUUUUGCUUAUUUGAUCACUAUGAAUGUUGCACAAGCUAGAUUGCUUUUUUAAGAUUUUUUGAAGUUUAUGCAUGGUCAGGGUGACAUUGUUUCACUUGAACCAUAUAGAUCCUCGUGGUUUGCAAUUCAAUGGUGAAUUGUUUCAUGUGAGCAUAUAUGUAGGGUUUCAGAACUGGAACCACCAGGGGAAGGAACCUUUUCAUUUUUUUCAGCUCCCAGUCCUAAUGACUUGUUGAGUUUUUCAUCUCAUAAAA